GAGGGUUUGCCGUUGACGUCUUCAUUUUAUCUUUCAUCCUUUUCCAUCGUAGGCAUCAACUGAGCCUUCAAACAGACGCUUCUCAGCCUUUAUUCUGCCUUAGGGUUCUUUUUCCAGUCUUAUCAUGUCCAUCGUCUUUGUGAAAACAUUCUUUCUGCCGACACUCUCCAUACCCUAGUAUUGAGAUAUCCUCGUCUCCACUGAUCAUUGUGAGCCUUAUCCGUAACAAUACUUGAUUAUCGGCCUCGUCAUCUAUCUAUACGAUCUCUGAAUCAAUCCUUAUCUCUCUUCUAUCUCGCCUUCUACGAAUCUCUCAACAUGCCUGACCUACGCCGUCAGAUCUUUGAGAGCGGCAAGACCAUGUCCCGCAAGGCCGCGUCUCGCGAAGGCUCUCGCCGUCCCUCUCGAGCAGCCUCUGCACAAAGCUCGAAACAGUCGUCUCGCAACCCGAGCAGACAUCCAUCCGAUGAAGAAGAUGAAGGUAAUCUCAGCGACGACACUGCAUAUAGCCUCGGUUCCCUGGAUGACGUGGGUGACAUUCCAGAUGCUGAUACAAACGCCAACUGGCCCGAAGAGCUUGAGGAUGUCGUUGAAGAUAUCCUGGAUCGCAAACGUAGCAGCGUCCUGGCCCGAGAAGAAGCCUAUGCUGCCUUUUGCCGUCUCGCCAAAUCUCAUUACAUCGAGGAUCGUAUCCGCACUCGUGUCAUUGACCUUGUGAGCGCUUUUGCCAAGAGUAUCAAAUUUGAAAGCAGCGUGCGAGAGACAACCCUGGCGCUUCGCGCAUUGAGUCUUCUUACCAUCACCACCUUUGACAACACCAUCUACGAAAAUGUAGAGCCGCUGCUGACCCGCUCGAUCCGUGACUCGAUCUCUCCUGUGAUCAAAGCUGCCGCAAUCCAUUGCCUGGGGGUAUGCACCAGCUUUGGUGGUGCUGGCGAAGACAGCAUUCUCGACCAGAUGACCUUUUUCCUGGACAUCGCUGCCUCCGAUGGCCAUUCAAUCGAUGCGGCUGACGAUGCGGCCACUGUCACGGCCGCUCUGCAGGAAUGGGGCUACCUCGCGACAGAAAUCGAGGACUUGGAGGCUGAAAGCGAAGAGGCGGUCCAGAUUUUCAUGGAUCAGCUUAAUAGCAAUGAUCCGGCUCGGCAGAUUGCCGCUGGCGAGAACAUCGCCCUGCUGUACGAAAAGAGCUACACACCGCAAGAGGACGACGACGACCAAGACGAGGAAGUUGAAUCCGAGGAAGAGGAGUUUAUGGGUGCCGGGGACCGGGAUGGGCCAAAGCUCGUUAAACGCUACAAUGCGUACCAUAACACCCACGAGUUGGAACAGCAACUCCAGUCCUUGGCCACCGUGCACAACAAGCACAUCAGCAAGCGAGACAAGAAGAACCUGCACAGCAAUUUCGCCUCCAUCUUGACGACCGUGGAGAAUCCCCGACGCGGCCCCAUGUACAACAAAGCGAUCGACCAAGAUUCGAAUCGACAGUACGGGAGCAAAGUCCGCGUGAAGAUUGGAAGGGAAGGGGUCAUGAGCAUUGACCGUUGGUGGAAGUGGAUUCGACUCAACUCUCUCCGACGAGUGCUUCAGGGAGGAUUCGCAGUACACUACUUCGAGGGCAACCGCGCCGUCCUGGACAGUCUGCCGCUGAUGGUGCGCGCGCCACCGUCCGAUCGUGCGAGCGCAAGGAAAUCGACAAAGCCCCGAAAUAAUCACCGAUGGGCUGUCCAUGAUCAAUCAGACGAGGAUUAAAUUACGCGAAUCUUCCGAACAAAUUUUUGUCCACAGAUGUGAGAUUGCCGCAAUAUAUCCGACCAGCAGCUCUGGGAUUUCAGCUGUAUAUACGCUCAAGCGAAUGAUGUGACACCGACAAUGAUCCGAUACCGACGACUAGAAACGAAAUGGACACGAUAUGUUUUUCGCAGUCUUUGAAACUAUCUUUGCUUGAAUGAAACUAUCUUUGCCUUCCAC